UUUAUUGCCUCUAUUAUUUUCGAAUCUCUGUUUUUUCGAGUCAAGAAAGCAGAUUUGUUUUGCUUCAGUGAUCAUUCUUGUUUGCGAAUUACUCUUAGCAUUCAACAGAUUUCAGAAAUGGAGGUUGUCUUAGCAAUUGGUGAUGCUUUUCUCUCUUCAGCUUUUGAUGUUCUCAUUGAUAGGCUUGCUCCUCAGGGUGAUCUUCUCAAAAUGUUUCGGACGCGUAAGAAUGAUGUUGAGCUCUUAAAAAAGCUGAAAUUAACUUUGCUUGGUCUUCAAGCUGUGCUAAGUGAUGCAGAGAAGAAGCAAGCAUCAAAUCAAUUUGUGAGAGAGUGGCUUAAUGAGCUUCGAGUUGCUGUAGACUCUGCUGAAAACUUGAUUGAACAAGUCAAUUAUGAAGCUUUGAAGCUUAAGGUGGAAGGUAAGCAUCAAAAUCUUGCAGAAAAAAUAUUGAAACAUUGUAGAUUUUGCAACCUGUGCUUGAGUGAUGAUUCUUUUCUUAACGUAAAUGACAAGUUGGAAAAGACUAUUGAAACAUUGCAGAAUUUGCAAAAUCAAAUUAGUGACCUUGGCUUACAGAAUUAUUUUGGUUUGACUAAACAAGAAACUAGAACACCUUCAACUUGUUUGGUUGAUGAAUCUGAUAUCUUUGGUAGGCACAAGGAAAUAAAGGAUUUGAUUGACCUUUUAUUGUCUGAAGAUGCAAGUGGAGGAAACCUGACUGUAGUUCCUAUUGUUGGAAUGGGCGGUGCGGGUAAGACAACACUAGCUAAAGUGGUUUACAAUGAUGAGAAGGUGAAGGACCAUUUUGGUUUGAAAGCUUGGUAUUGUGUUUCUGAGCCAUAUGAUGCUUUCAGAAUAACGAAAGGGUUACUUCAAGAAAUUGGCUCAUUUGACUCAAAGAACGACGGCAAUUUUAAUCAGCUACAGGUCAAACUGAAGGAAGGCCUGAAGGGAAAGAAGUUUCUUGUUGUCCUUGAUGACGUGUGGAAUGAUGACUAUAAUGAGUGGGAUAACCUGAGAAAUGUUUUUGUACAAGGAGAUGUUGGAAGUAAGAUCAUUGUAACUACACGUAAGGAGAGUGUUGCUAAGAUGAUGUGUGCUGAUCGUUGCGCAAUCACCGUGGGGACUCUGUCUAAAGAUGACUCUUGGGCUUUAUUCAAACGACAUGCACUAGAAAAUAGGGAACAUUCAGAACUUGAAGAGGUUGGGAAAAAAAUUGCAGACAAGUGCAAAGGGUUGCCUUUAGCUCUAAAGGCACUUGCUGGUGUUUUACGCGGCAAAUCAGAGGUGGAUGAGUGGAGAAACAUUUUAAGAAGUGAAAUAUGGGAUCAGCAAAGUUGUUGGAAUGGUACAUUACCAGCUUUGAUGUUGAGCUACAAUGAUCUUCCUCCACAUUUGAAGAGAUGUUUUGCUUUUUGUGCAAUAUAUCCCAAAGAUUAUGAAUUCUGCAAAGACCAAGCUAUUUACCUGUGGAUUGCUAAUGGUCUUGUAAAGCAGUUUUGUUUAGGUAACGAAUACUUUGACGAGUUGAGAUCAAGAUCAUUGUUCGAAAGGGUCCCAGAGUCUGAAUGGGAAUCGGAGAGAUUCUUAAUGCAUGACCUUAUCAAUGAUUUGGCCAAAAUUGCAUCUUCAAAACUUUGUAUUAGAUUGGAAGAGAACGAAGGAUCUGAUGAUAUGUUGGAACAAAGUCGGCACAUGUCCUAUUCCUUGGGAUAUGAUGGUGAAUUUGAGAAAUUGAAACUACUCUCCAAAUCAGAGCAGUUGAGGACAUUGCUUCCAACCAAUAUUGGUUACUCAUCUCAGCUAAGCAAGAGGGUGUUGCAUAACAUACUGCCAAGACUGACGUCCUUAAGGGCAUUAUCAUUGUCAGGUUAUCCGACUAUUGAGUUGCCAAAUGACUUGUUUAUCAAAUUAAAGCUCCUCAGAUUUUUGGACCUUUCUGAGACACAUAUUAAAAAGUUACCAGAUUCCAUUUGUGUCUUGUAUAACUUGGAAACACUUCUCCUGUCAUCUUGUCAAUUUCUUGAGGAGCUACCGCUGCAGAUGGAGAAGUUGAUCAACUUGCGACACCUCGACAUAACCAACACUUGUUGCUUGAAGAUGCCGCUACAUCUUAGCAAGUUGAAAAGUCUCCAAAUGCUAGUGGGAGCCAAGUUUCUUGUAGGUGGUAGCGGUGGUUUGAGAAUGGAAGAUUUGGGUGAAGUACAUAACUUGUAUGGAUCUCUAUCAGUUUUAGAGUUGCAAAAUGUGGUUGAUAGAAGGGAAGCUGUGAAGGCAAAUAUGAAGGAAAAGGAACAUGUUGAGAAGUUAUCUUUGAAGUGGAGUGAAGGUAGUUCUGCCAACGAUUCACAAACUGAAAGAUCCAUACUGGAUGGGCUACGGCCAUACACAAACAUAAAAGCAGUCGAAAUCACCGGAUAUAGAGGGACAAGAUUUUCAAAUUGGCUGGCUGAUCCUUCAUUUCUUCAGCUAGUAGAUUUGUCUCUUAGCGACUGCAAGGACUGUGAUUCUUUGCCAGCACUAGGACAACUUCCUUCUUUGAAAUUCCUUUCCAUUAGAGGGAUGCAUGGAAUAACAGAGGUGACGGAUGAGUUCUAUGGCAGUUCAUCCUCCAAAAAGCCUUUUAACUGUCUUGAGAAGCUUGAAUUUGAAGAUAUGCCGGAGUGGAAGCAAUGGCACGUACUAGGAAGUGGGGAGUUCCCUAUACUUGAGUACCUUUCAAUUGAAAAAUGUCCGAAGUUGAUGGGGAAGUUGCCUGAAAAUCUAUGUUGUCUGACAGAAUUGAGAAUUUUAAAGACAACUCUUUUUGAUGAAGCUCAAAUGUUUAGAUCCCAAUUUGAGGGAAUGAUGCAGAUUGAGGAAUUAUAUAUCGACAAUUGUGACUCUGUUACCUCCUUACCUUUUAGCAUACUGCCCAGUUCCUUGAAGAGAAUAACCAUAUCUGGUUGUCAGAAAUUGAAAUUGGAGGAGCCAGUUGGUUAUUGUAACAUGUUUCUCGAGAAAUUGACACUGUUUAAAUGUGAUUGUAUAGAUGAUAGAUCACCUGAGUUGCUCCCAAGAGCACGCAUUUUGAGUGUAGAGCGUUGCAAUAACCUUACUAGUUUUUUGAUUCCUACUGCAACUGAAAGUCUCACUAUUUGGGGAUGUGAGAAUCUUGAAAUACUUUCGGUGGCAGUUGGAACCCAUGAGUCUGCAAUGACGUCUUUGCGUAUUUGGAAUUGUGAGAAGCUGAAGUGUCUGCCAGAAAUAGAACUCUUCAAUUUACAAGUCCUUGAGAUCUAUUAUUGCAAGAAACUAGUGAACGGCCGAAAGGAGUGGUGUUUACAGAGACUCCCCUGUCUCACAGAGUUAGAGAUCAGACAUGAUGGCAGUGACGAAGGGAUCCAACAUUGGGAGUUGCCUUCCUCUAUUAAAAGACUUACCAUGAAGAAUCUGAAAACGUUAAGCAGCCAAGUUCUCAAAAGCCUCACCUCUCUUGAAUAUCUAUCUAUUGAGGAUAGUUUACCUCAAAUUCAGUCACUGCAGGAACAAGGUCAGCUUCCCUCCUCUCUUUCUGUGCUAAAUUUAUGUCACCAUGAUGAGCUCCAUUCACUACAUCUUUGCCACCUCACUUCACUUAGACGUCUACACAUCUGGAAUUGCCCUAAUCUCCAAUCACUCUCCGAAUCAACACUGCCCUCCUCCCUCUCUCAGCUGACCAUCGAGAAUUGCGAUAAUCUCCAAUCACUUUCCGAAUCAGCAUUGCCCUCCUCCCUCUCUCAGCUGACCAUCAUAAAUUGCCCUAAUCUCCAAUCACUCUCCGAAUCAGCACUACCCUCCUCCCUCUCUGAGCUAACCAUCAGCAAUUGUCGUAAUCUCCAAUCACUCUCCGAACCAGCACUGCCAUCCUCCCUCUCUAAGCUGACCAUCAUGAAUUUCCCUAAUCUCCAAUUACUUCCAGUAAAAGGGAUGCCCUCUUCCCUCUCUACACUAAAUAUUCACAACUGCCCAUUGCUCACACCACUACUAGAAUUUGACAAGGGAAAAUACUGGCAAAUUAUUGCUCAAAUUCCCAAUAUAUAUAUUGAUGGAGAAUACCUGUAAUGAUUAAAACAAAUGGUGCUCUGACAAAUGGUGUCGCUAUUUCCAAAUUGUACAGCUAUCUACUUUGGCUUGCUUGAGAUGAAGCAUCACUUGCUGCAAAUGGAACAUUCAGCUCUAAUGAAACCCAAAGGAAGUGAAAAGUUUUGAAGGUCUCUCUGCUCAAGUCAAGAAGCGAAAGUUGUUGAACCUUCAAGUGGUAUGUAUUCUUCUCAUACAUGGGUGGAGCUAGAGAGGAAGCUAUGGGUUCGACAGAGACUGGAUUUUGGUAACAAUACGUAAGGUGUUACAGCUCUUAGCUCAGUUGGUAAAAGGAAAAUUUUGCUGCAAUUCUCUGUUGAAUAGACCGUAACUUCAAUGUGGUCGUGACAGAAAAGUGGAUAAAGCCUGUCUAAGUCAAUUAGAUGUUACAGAUUUGCAACUAAUUGUUGUGCGUUAUACAAUCGCAUAUUUCUUGGAUGGAAGGCUGGGAUAUACUUGAAAGCAUAAGAAGAACGAAUAUGCAUCAAUCAUCCAUGGGAAUGUAUACUUAAGAGGAGACAAUGGCGACCACCACAUCUAUUUGUUAGGGCAUAAAAAGAACAUGUCUAAGUAAGGAGGUUGUGAUUUCCAAUUCGUACCGCUGUCUACUGUGGCUUCCUUGAGAUGAAGCAUGACUUUCUGCAAAUGGAACAUCCAGCUCUAAUGUACCCAAACACCGGAUGUGGACAAGACCAUGGUUGUUUACACUUCAAUUCAGUUUCCUGAGUAUACACAUAGUGUGAUUGCUCGUUGUCUUGGUGUUCCUGAGCAUAGUAUCCGUGUGAUAACAAGAAGGGCUGGAGGUGGCUUCAGUGGCAAGAAAUAUGCCCAUAGUACUAUUAACAGAGAAAAAAUUGAAAGUUUUUAGAAUAGUUUUGAAACAUUAGCAAGGCUCAACAAUGAUUUGGGAAGUGAAUUUUUUUUUGUAAGGUCCCUUUGCUUAAGUCGAGAAGGGAAAGUUGUUGAAUCUUUAUGUGGUAGUUACUCUUAUGUUGGAUUGAACAUCAGGACUAUGGACGCUUCUUAUGUUGGUAAACAUAUUUAUGAUAUGGUAGGCCCCUUUUAACGCUAUAGUGAGCUGGGUAGAAAUCUAUCAUUUUAAUCUCUUUUAUUUUUGAGUCCCCCACCCAGUCCCCCUUUCUACAUCCCUAAUAAAUUAUCCUUACUCUCUUGCUUCAAUUAUAGAAUUGAGAAAGUUAUGAAUUUGCUUCAA